UGGGUCCAGAUGUUACCACGAGGAGCACACGUCCUGCAGCAGAACUGGGUCCAGAUAUCACCAUGAGGAGCAUACAUUCUGCAGCAGAACUGGGUCCAGAUGUUACCAUGAGGAGCACACAUCUUCCAGAAGAACUGGGUCCAGAUGUUACCAUGAAGAGCUCCCAUCCUGCAGCAGAACUGGGUCCAGAUGUUACCACGAGGAGCACACAUUCUGCAGCAGAACUUGAUCCAGAAAGUACCGUGUGGAGCACACAUCUUCCAGAAGAACUGGGUCCCGAUGGUACUACGCAGAGUGUGCAUUCUUCAGCAGAAUUGGGCUUGGGUCUUAGCAUAUGGAGUGCAUAUCCUACAGCAGAUAUUUCCACAUGGAGCACACGCCCUUCAGCAGAACCAGAUGUAGAAGAUACCAUGAGGAGCACACCUCCUGCAGCUGAAUCAGGUCUAGAAGGUACCACAUGGGAUACACAUUCUUCAGCCGAUUUUGAUCUUGAUGGUACCAUGAGGAGCAAACAAUCUUCAGCAGAAGCAAGUCUCGAAGGCACAACAGGGAGCAAACAUCUUGCAGCAGAAACAAGCCUAAGAGGUACCACGUGGAGCACUCAUCCCACAGAGGGUGCAGCAUCAGAUGGAAUAAUGAGGAGAACACUUCCCACAGCAGAAUCAGGUGCUGGUCCAAUGGGAAUCUCUGCUCUGCCCACUAGAGCUCCAUCACCCUCCCCAUCUUUGGCCCCCACCCUGGGGCUGUCUGUCUCUCCUGCCCUUGCUGUUCAACUGAAUCCAGGCUCUGGCACUCGCUCCCAGCACCCCACAGAGGCCCCCAGGACCCAGAGACCCCCAGAACCUACCCAGUACCCUGAGAUCCCCAACAUCCAGGGACACCCGACAUCCACCCAACACCCAGCAGAGAGCCCCGCUGCCUGGACAGAGCUUGUGCUCUCCCAACAUCCCACUGCAGAGCCCUCCAGUUCCUGGACACCCCCAGACCUCUUCAUCCAGGCUCCACCAAGGAACCCCAGCCCCCAGAGCACUCCAGUACUCACCAUGCUCCCCAUAGAUUCCACCAGCCCUUCCAUGAAUGCUGCUCGUUCCAAGCACCUCAUGGAGAUCCCCAGACCCCAGAGUCUCCCAGCACCUUCUGAGGACCCCAUGGAGACCAUCAGUACCCAGAGACCCCCAGUAUCUGCCCAGCACCCCACAGAGACUCUCAGCUCCAAGAGCCCCCCAGCACUCUCCCAGUAUCUAACAGAGAUCCUCAGCACACUGGUCCCCUCAGCACCCACCCAACACCCCAUGGAGACCUUUGACAUCCAGCCUCCCACAGCACCCACUGAAGAAUCCAUGGAGACCUUCAGCACCCGGAGGCUCCCAGCAUUGCCCCAGCACCCCACAGAGCCCCCCAGCACCCAGAGCCCCCCAUCAACCCACCAACACCCUACGAAGACCUUUGGCACCCAGAUCCCCCCAGCACCCUCCCAGCACCCCAAAGAGACCCUCAGCACCCAGGCACCCCCAGAACACCCUAAGCACCUCACAGAUCCCCCCAGUGCCCAGAUUCCCUCAGCACCUCUCCAGCAUCCAAUGGAGACUUUUGGCACUCAGACUCCCCAAGCACCCCUCCAGCACCCCAUGAAGUUGUUCAGCACCCAGCCCCCCCCAGCACCCACAGAGACCCUCCGCACCCUUUCUGCAAGCCCUGUACUGCCUGGACCCCCAUGUGCAGGUCCAGCCCAGCCAGCACCGCCUGUGCCAACACUCUCUGCACUGUGGGUCCGGGGAGGACCCUGUGUGGCCCCUGCGCUGCGGGCACUGUUGUGGGAAGUGCGGGGGCUGCGGGGGCAGCUGCGGGCCCUGGCUCGCACCCAGCGGAGGGGAGCUCAGCGCCUGGAGGCCAUCGCCCGCCGCCUGGGCCAGCUUGCUGCCCUCGGACAGCACCUCCUGGAGGAGCCCCCCCGGCUGUACGGGGGUGUGGGCAUCCGAGGGGGAGCCUUGCACAGGAGGCAACGGAAAUAAAGCCGGCCUGGUUCACCAGA